AUGGCCUAUGGCAAGCUCCAAAAGAGCUCCAAAAGAACCCGUACAUCUUCUGCAGGAAACCUAUGGCCUGCAGGGCAGCCUGCUCAUAACCAGAAGCGCAACAAUCUUCCAUGGACGCCCAGAAGAAAAAGCUACGACAGCGCCGGACCGGGCCAACACAAGCUAUUUGACUUCUUCGAAGAGACGAGACUGUUGUCAUAUGAAGAGUUUCAGGUUCGGAGAAAUGCACAAAAAUCAUUGCAGCAAGCACUCAAGGCAAGGGCAGCCUAUUGGAAGCAGCGGAGCAAGCACAAGGCCAUUCGGGAAAGCGACUCCAACACUGCUUUCCAUCGCGCACAGGCAACUCAGCGCUUGCGCCGAAACUACAUCCGGGUGGCGGGUGCUUCCGUGCCGGCAGAUCUUGAAAGCAUAUAUGACGGGAGGAGCAGCCCCAGCAGCAGCCUUACGGAUCCAUUCACUGAAGCUGAAACCAAGCUUGCGCUGCUCUCUAUGAAUAGAAACAGCGCCCCGGGGCCGGAUGGAUUCGGCCCGGCGUUCUACAAAGCAGCAUGGACAAAUGUCAAGGUGCAGAUCAUGGAAUUCAUGGCGGCUUUUCACCGCGGCGAUGCUGACCUUGAGAGAAUCAAUCGUUCUCACAUGGUGCUCAUCCCAAAGAAGCCUGCUGCGGUGGAUGUCGACGCAUUCAGGCCUAUCUGUCUGCAAAACUGCAGCCUCAAGAUCCUUUCAAAAGUUCUAACCAGAAGGCUACAAGAUGACAUUCCAAACCUUAUUGACCUCAACCAGACGGGCUUCAUCAAGGGAAGGUCCAUCUCGGACACCUUCGUCUAUGCAGUCGAGUUGGUUCAGGUCUGCCAUAAGAGGAGAAGGCCAGCAAUUGUGCUUAAACUUGAUUUCGCCAAGGCCUUUGACACGGUGAACUGGGACGGGAUGUUCAGAGUGAUGCGGGCAAGAGGAUUCAGUGAGCGGUGGAUCGGCUGGAUGAAUACAAUUCUUACUUCCUCCAAGUCGGCGGUGCUUGUCAACGGAUGUCCGGGGCCAUGGAUCACUUGUAAAAGAGGGCUGCGGCAGGGUGACCCAAUCUCCCCUUAUUUGUUCCUCCUGGUUGCUGAAACUCUGCAGGGGUUGAUCAGAAGCUGCGGCGGCAUCAAGCACCCGACUGAGGAGGGACUACCAUGUGCAGUGCUGCAAUACGCCGACGAUACCCUCAUCGUGCUUAAAGGUGAACUCACAGUUCGCAUCACUAUCCGGUCUACAUAUCAACUAUGGAAAAGCACCUUGGUCCCGAUUCACAUGGAUGAGCACAUUGUCACCGAUUGCGUGGAGGUCAUUGGGUGCAGAAGGGAGGGCUUCCCACAGCCCUACUUGGGACUGCCGCUGUCAGUGCACAAAUUACCAUUGUCUGCAUACACACCGUAUAUUCAGAAAAUAGACAGGUACCUCAGCUCUUGGCAGGCAAACUUACUGAACCCAAUGGGCCGGACGGUUCUGGUAAACUCGGUGCUGGAUAGUCAACUGGUGUACUUUAUGAGCUCCCAACAAUUGCCGCCAUCGGUGCUUCAUCAAAUGGACAGAAAGAGGCGUGCCUUCCUCUGGUCUGGGGAAAAGACAGGAAAGUCCUCGCCAGCGAGCUGCCUGGUCUCUUGGAUUCAGGUUUGUGCACCCAAGGAGCUUGGUGGCCUCGGCAUCAAGGACAUGGGAACACAGAACAUAUGCCUACUCCUAAAACUCAUUCACAAGCUUCACGGCCCUCAGUCUUCGGCCUGGGCUCGGUGGGUUCAAGGCCGGGCAUCCUUAUCAACGCUCAAAGGGGACAUCCAUGGGGAACAUUGGGAGGUUCUGCGGUCUCUGCUGCCACUAUACCAGGCGAUCACCACUGUACAUCUUGGCGAUGGGAAGUCUUGCUCCUUCUGGCUUGAUGUUUGGCAUGGGGACGAGGCACUUGCCGACAUCUACCCGGCAUUAUAUAGCCACUGCACAAUCAAAGAUGCCACUGUCUGCGACAUGGUAACCUCCGGACUACAGCAGGCGCUCGUGCCGCGGUUAUCCCAGAGAACAACGCAAGAUCUACAGGUUGUUGAAGGAAUGCUUGCGGACGUCCAGCUGUUGGAGUCACCGGACCACCGCUCCUCAGUUUUCAGUAAGGGCGCCUCUGGGUUAGACAGUGGAGCCAUCUACCGUCUGCUCAAAGCUCGCGGACAUCCAAACGACGAACGGGCAUCGUUUAUUUGGCAGAACUCGGCGCCACCGAGAGUUCAGAUGUUCAUGUGGCUUCUUGUUCAGCGGCGCAUCCAAUGCCGCACCGUGCUACACAGGAAGCAGGUGUUGCAUGAUUGCACAUGUGAGAUCUGUCAUGAGGAAGAUGAGACACCUGAGCACAUAAUCAGUGGCUGUAAGCUCGGAAAUGAAUUCUGGCGAAGGCUCAACAUGACCUCCAUGCUUGGGACAAGUGCGGACAGCUUUCAUACUCUGUCACCGCAAGGAGGGGCUCCAAGGGAAGAAUUCUCAGCCUUCAUCGCCCUGGCAUGCUGGCACCUCUGGAAGGCUAGGAAUGCGGCGGUUUUCAGAAACGAAACACUCACACUCACACAACUGUUUGCAGCCUGCAAGGCAACGGCGGAGCAAUGGCGCUUCAGAUUUUCCAAAAAGAAGAAGCACAUUGCUGAUACAUGGUGUCAGAUUUUCGAGAUGGCAAGACAAGGGCAAGGAUAG